AUGUGAUUACUUCACAUCUACUUAAAAAUUAUCUUUAUUUCUUAGUCCCUCUAAUAUUCCUAAAAUAACUUGUUGUUUUUUAACAAGCAAUACCAAAUUUUCCUUUCACUAAAGCAUAUGGGCCAAUUUAAAUGAGUUAAAAGUAGUACAGUUUUUAAAACAGCUCUAUUUAAUUCAGGUUGAAUGUCUUCAUGUAGGCAAAACUUCCAUUUAUUUCAGAUGCUUAUAUCAAUGUUUUCCAAACAUCUUAGAAAAUUACCUGGGGCACUUAUAAAAAUAAGAAUUCUGCUUCCCAAACCAAAGCUACUGAAGCAAAUGAGUGGUUUUUAAAGUAGAAAUCUAAUUUUUGAACCCCUCUGAAGAGUGCCCAAUUGGAAAUGAGUACAACAUAUCACUGCAAUGCAAUAGUACAGUGAUUCUGGAUAUUUGAUACAAUUUGUACAAAAGGUACUUAGCAAUGUCUUAUUCAGAGUUGUAGUUGCGUUCUGGUUUCUGCAAUUUCAUCUCCAUGGACAAGGUUUGAGAUGCUUCUGGGCCACACAUAUCUCAGCCUGUUGUGUAUUCCUCCCUCCGCCCCGUAGUCCAGUUUCUGUCUCUCCUUGUCAAAAUACUUGGCUUCAAGAAGUUACUCAUUUCCAGACUAUGUUUAACAGUUUAAAAAAACAAAAAUGUUUUUAAAGCUUUAAAGCAUGCUUUUACAUUGGAAUUUGUAGAUUCUUUAAAAUGCAGCUUUGACCUUCACUUGAACAUCAUUUGAUAGCAAAAGGAGUAAACAAUUGUGGAUUGUUCCAUUAGUCCUGCAGGGAACAUGAGAGCUUUGAGGAAUUACAUGUCACACAAAAGAAACUACAUUUAAUGUGACUGAAAGAUGUGGAGGUUAGAAGGUUAGAAAGUAGACUUUCCGGUUUUUGUCCCAGGCCAUGAGCUAAUCAAAAUAGCUAUGGAAUCUCACAGAAAAACAGGGAGUAAUUUUUUGUUCAUCUGUCCCUUGCUUUGCCAUUAGGAAACUGCUCUCUCCCCUCGGAACAUAUGGAAGAUUGUUUGCAGAGAAAGAAGAAAAGCAGAGGAGAGAAUCUACGUCUUCAGGAGGCUAAAGGACAGAGUAUUGAAAUGGCCUGGACAGUGUUCAGAAUUAAUGCCAGCAAGUCAAAUCUUCACCUGGGGCUCAACUGGGAAGAAACAAAAGAAAAAUCAAUAUGCAGUCAAAGAACUGCCUCAUUUUUCUAGAAGGUGACCUCCCCCCACCACCCACUCCUCAGAAGAGUCCCAAGGAAGCUCUCCCUUAGCAACAGCACCGAAAGUUCCAGAAACUGUCCUAAACCCUGAUGGUCAGCUCCAGCUUGUGUGUGGAAAUCAGACUUAUUGCCGAAUCGUCUUACCAGAGAAAUGCACGUGGCAGUGGUGGCAGCAGACGUGAUCAUGCUCCUUAGCAUGGGGUGGACCUCAGACUCUCUCUGCUCACCCACCAUAUUUUAUAGAGACUGCUGGAUCCGUCGCUUCCCAGGUCUUCUAAUUGACCUGGAGGAGUCUCAGAAGAUGGGAGCUCAGUUCUUGAAGUAUUAUUCUGAGAGCACUGGCCAGAAAUGCAGUAGGAGCUGCUGUCUUAGGAAGGAUGUGGCCUGUAACGUGGCUGUCUUCUACCAUGAUCCUAUUCAUGACAAUGUCAACUGCCUCCACGUUCACUGCCCAACACUGGAAAGCUGCAUUUUAGAGCCUGGAACCAGUGCCAUUUUGUACAACAUAACAGAGGGGAUAGAUCCAGAUUUGCUGGUUUUUGGACAAUCACCUUCCACAUACGAUUAUCAAAAUACCCGUUCUUCAUCUAAUAGAUGGGACAGACUAAGGAAUCUAAAACCUAUGACUCUAGAUAAACAACCACCAACCAUGAUAAACCAAAUGCUACUGUCAAUAGAGGCUCCAUCAUCAACCACACAUCCAGAUUUGGUGGUAAACACAAGCACUACCAGGUAUUCCAAGGAAUUAACCACAGGUUCUUGGGCAAGAUUCAUUUCCCUGAAUGGUUCCAUUACCACAAAGGUAAAUAAGGAGUCCACCAGUACUGGUUUCAUCAGCAAUCCAGAUAACAAGACUAUUUCUCCUUUUUUGGUGCCCACAGACACAAAGCUCUCUCAUAUGCCUAUUCCAGCUCAACUCAACAGCAGUAAACAACUACUGAACAAAACCAAAGGGUACAACAGCAGAAACCACACAUCUGAGAACGAAGACGCGACACCAGAUGGGGCAUCUGUGACUUCAAAGGCGUGGUGGGUUCCUGCGGCCCUUGGUACCUCUGUCAUCAUUCUUUGCUGUUGUAUAGUCAUCCUGGCAUCUGGAUGCUGUCGAAAGAAGCAGGGCCAGUAUAAACCGGGACAGAGAAAGUCAGGAUCUAGGCAAAUUUAAAAAUGUAGCAUUCUGAAGGAGAACUCUUAAUAGUAAAAGUUGUAGAGAUUGUAAGCUUUCAAAGAGUAUCAUUUUUAGUUUUCUAUAAGACAAGGGCAGUUUGGUAAGAAAGAAUAAUUGCAUAGGAUGCCCACUCCUACCAAUCUCUAAAACAGGCUAGUGUUUGAUAAACAUAACUGCUUUUUAAAUUAUUUUCUUUCUUUUGAAGUGUACCCUUUGCCAAAGUUCCAAAAUGCUGUCCUCCCUCUGCAGGUAUGUAGCAUCAUGUGCAAGAUAUAGUUCUAAGUGCUGUACAUGUAUUAACUCAUUGAACCCUUACAAUUCUGUGUUAGGUAUACUAUUAUAAACCACUGUACUAUUAUUAUCACGUUAUACAGAUGAGGGAACUGAGAAGAGACACUAAGAAUCUCACUAGCUGAAGUCAUAUAGCCAGCUAGUAAGUAGCGAAGGCAGGAUUUAACAGGCAAUAUGGUUCACAAGUCCAUGCUCAAAAUCACUGUUAGACUAAAAGUCUCCAUUUUACCAAUAAGCAUGGAAAAAAGAUACAGGGAGAAAAACACUGUAACAUCUUAUUUGUCUCCUGUCAAAUUAUUGUCAUAUUAAUAAAAUCUUCUAGCCGUUUGAGCAAAAAAAACCCUACAAAUUAUUAGUCACUAACCCAUGAGUAAAUGCUUCCUGAUUGAGUUUUCUGCGUUCAAUUGUUAAUCCUUCUCAAUCCUAAUUCAUCAUCUUCCUUUUUAAAGCUGACAUGCCUUUCAAUAAUUAUGGCACUGAGACCUUUCAGUUUUAUGUUGACUUCUGUUGACUAAAGCUUGGAGGUUGGCAGUUUACAUCCCAUUGUAUACAUUGUUUGCCCAGGUGCAAAUAUUAGCUCUAGGUAGUUCAACUCUAUCCACUUCUUACACCAGAUGUUACUCCCUCAAUCUUACACUGAGUCAUAAAUGCUGAAAACUGAUUCAAGUCUCUAAUGAUCUUAAUCUCAUCCCUGAAACUCUUUUUAAUGUGAGAACAGAUUGACAGUUACAAUCAGAGAAUAUACGAGGAAAUCUUAUUACAAGAUUAAUAAAUAGUAGUUCCCUCAGAAUAUUAACCACAAAUAAAAGUAUGAAUUAAAAAAAAUUAAUUUACCUUAACUAUUUAUAAUAUCAUAAAGUUUAUCAAUUUCUUUCCUAAGACAUAAUGAAAAAAGCUCAUACUAAUUAGGGGAUAUUGUUUUAUAGAAAUGACCAUAAUUUGGGGGAAAUAUAUUUACCUUGGUAAGAAAACAAAUUCAUACUCCUUCUCUUCUCCAGCCCAUCUAAGUAAACUUAAGACUGGAGAGGCAACCAGACCAGAGUGAGCCAAGAAGCAAAAACAACUGGCCUCACAAACACGUCCUUUCAUGGAAGCCAAAGGGAGCAAAGAGAACUUCUGAAUAGAAUCUAAAACUUUACGAAACAGGUACCAGGGCCCAGUCAACAACGAAGCUAAGGCUGUUAUACCCAUUUGGGAAAAAUAACUGACACUGAAAUCUCUCCAACUUUGUAGCUAGCUAGAUCUUGUAGCUGCCCGGAGUUAGCCAAAUGGCAAAGGUUAAAGGGCACGGUCCUAGACAAAACCACCCUCACUUCUGACACCAACUGUAAGUUCAGGGUGGGUCGGGGUUCCCCAAACCACCUUCAGGUGUAAUUUACUAGAAUUUGGACAAUUCAA